AUGAAGAACUCUAACGUUGAAUUUUUCAGCAUCGUUUUAGAUUUAUCGCAGCAGAAAGAAUACAAGAAAGGUGAAGUAAUAAUGAAAUAUUAUCCUUCAUCUCUGAAGACGAUAACGAAUAAAGAUGUUAUUCAUAAACUCCUACCAGUAAUUGAGGAAGCAACGAUUGAAUUUGAUGAAGAAGGAACGGAAAUGAUUGAGGAAAUAGACCCUGAAGCUUUAUAA